UAUCGGGAACGCGACAUGUGACGUAAGCGACUUGCCGCGCAGUGAUGAUGGCGGUGCGUGAACGCGCAGUUAAAGUAAUGGCUGCUUUGGAUCGGCGGAUACCUAGCCUCGGUGAUUUCGUGGGUCAAAGCUGGAGUGCCUGGGCCGACUGGGCUGGGGUGAUCACGGCGGAUGGGUCUGAUGUGGAUGAGUGCAGCAAGAAUGGCAAAAAGGCUGCAGAGGCUAUGUCGCUUUGUAAAGAGGACAUGUCCAUCUUUGGUCUCUAUCCUGCCCAUGAUGACUUCUACUUGGUGGUAUGCAGCCAUUGUGGCCAAGUGGUGAAGCCACAGGCGUUUGAAAAGCACUGUGAACGGAGACACGCUCCUCUGGCCAAGCUGUAUGGCCGACUGCGCUCCCCCACACCUGCACUUCAGCCUCAGAGGCCCCACCAUGGCCACUCUCCUUCUCAUGGAACCAACGCCMCUCCUACUUCACUAUGGGAGUUUCGAGGACAGGGGGUUGUGCAGUCCCGUGCAGCCCCCCCAUCACCCUCCACCCCACCUCAGRACAGACACACCAAGAUCCCCAAGGAUGGAGUACGACAUUCUCCACUGGACAAGUCCCCCCACAGCAGCCACACGGAGUUCAAGCAGCCGUUGCUUCUCGAGCCUCCUAACAUGCCUCCACCUCCAUCACUUCAAGAUCCACCAUGGCCACAUGGAGCUCCUCCUGCUGGCAGGCCUUCCCUCAGCGACAGGCAGCCCACACAGAAGAAGGAGUCAGCUCAGGCCUCUGCAGUGACGGCUCAUCGGAUUCCCAGACCCUACAACAAAGUGGCCUCCAAUCCAUUCCAUCCACCAGCGCAGGAAGGUGGUGGGCCGCACCAAGAACUUUGACCAACUAGUGGCAGAACUCAAGAUGAAGGUUCGAGAGAAAGGGGCUCAAGCCCUGGAGGGAGGCUCCUCCACUGGAAGGUCCCCCAGCCCUGAGGCCCCCAGGGAACAGACUGCUGGUCCACACUGCAGGAGACCUCUGACCAGCUUUCCUGCUUUCAGUCGACCUGUGCCUGAGUACAGCUCAGAGGAUGAGAAGCACCGACAAGAUGAAGCUAAUGUCAAAGCCUCCUCCCCUCUGGUCCACGGAAACAUCUCCAGUGAUGACAGUGAGGCAGAAGGACCUGAAGACCUCUCUGAGUUUCCAACUUCUACUGCACAUCCCAGACCUGUAGCA